AUGGGGAAAAGAAGAGACCGAGAUAAUCCAUGCGACGUCUGUGGGCAUUACCACAAGUACGAAGAAGGAGAAGUCUGCGGCGUUUGCGGCCACCAUAUGCCGGUGGCGGCGGCCGGCGGCGGAAACUCAUCGUCAAGUGUUUUUCCCUCCGAGAUCCUGCCGGAGUUUCUCUAUCUGGGCAGCUACGACAACGCCGCCCGCGCCGAAUUCCUAAAGAUGCAAGGGAUUUCUCAUCUUCUCAAUACGGUUCCAUCUUGUCAAAAUUUGUAUUUAUCCACUUUCACGUAUCAUGGUCUUCAAGAUCCCGAGGACCAAAAGUUGCCCUUUGAAGAUGCGAUUCAGUUCUUAGAACAAUGCGAGGCGGAAAGAGCCCGCGUUCUCGUGCACUGUAUGUCCGGGAAGAACCGGUCUCCGGCCGUCGUGAUUGCUUACUUGAUGAAAAGCAAAGGAUGGGGAUUUGAUCAGAGCUACCAGUUUGUGAAGGAGAAGAGACCUUCGGUUGAACUAACCGAAGCUGUCCGCCAGCAACUGAAGGAGUUUGAGAUGAAGGUUUUCGGAACUUUAAUCUUAUAUAGUUGA